CGCUACGCCAUGAUGUAUGGUUGAGACGAUUGAUUCUGCCUAAAGAACAGUCACUAUGGCCAGGUGAAACUGUCUUUAUAAACGCAUCACCCGUUGCCCAGACUUGAUCAUCACGCUUCCUUGACAUCUCAUCUCAACCCGAAGCAAAGUACCCACUUAUCCAAACGUCAACAUGAAGUUCGCCGCAGCAACAGCUCUCUUUGCUGGUAUCGCCGCCGCCGGCCCCGUUGAGCUCGCCGAGCGCCAGAGUUGCCCCAAGGUCUACAUCUUCGGAGCUCGUGAGACCACCUUGCCUCAAAGCAAUGGCUACGGUACCGCCGCCGGGCUCGUAAACUCCGUCAAGAGCGCCUACCCCGGUGCAGGAUCUGAGGCCAUCGUUUACCCAGCUUGCGGUGGAGGAUCAUCCUGCGGAGGCAUUUCCUACGACAACUCUGCUUCUCAGGGAACUGCGGCUGUUGUCAAGGCUGUUACUGCCUAUAAUCAAAAGUGCCCUAGCACCCAGAUCGUCCUUAUCGGAUACUCUCAGGGAGGUCAGAUCAUGGACAACGCCGUCUGCGGCGGCGCCGGUUCCACUUUGACCGGCACCGCCCUGGCAGCCGUUAAGGCCGCAAUCUUCAUGGGCGACCCCCACAACCGCAACGGUCUCCCCUACAACGUCGGUACCUGCAAGGCCCAAGGCUUCGCCGCCCGCCCCUCAGGAUUCUCCUGCUCGCCCGCAAGCACCAGCAUCAUCCAGAGCUACUGCGACUCCCAGGACCCAUACUGCUGCAACGGAAACGACGCCAACCACCACCAGCAGUACGUCAACAUCUACGGAAACCAGGCUCUCACCUUCAUCAAGAGCAAGCUCACUGCUUAGACGUGGCUUGGAUGCGAAGAGGUGGAAAGGAAAACUGGCUGGCACCUACUGUAGGUGUAACAC